CUAGAUACCUAGGAUGGGUGGAUGGUUCUUUGAAUUUGUAGAUCAAGUCAGUUGGUCACAUGUGAAUUGCCUUGCUAGAGCACUUCCUAAGUCAAGCUGGAAAGUCGUUAAGAAGCUUUGAACCUAGGCGUGAUCGGGGCAGAUCACAGCCACUGUGGAAUCGUUGGCAUAGUGACUAGAACGGAAUCCUCAAUCCAACGCCACAUUUUUUUGAUCUCGAGCCACCGAACAUCCUACUGCCAACAACCGCGAGAGCGCCCGCCCCCCAAAGUCGCCAAGAUGGGCAAAGGCACCGACAAGCUCUACAUCACCCACUCGGAGUGGUCCUCCUCGGACGCCUACUCCGCCAGCGUCGGCUCCAAAGCCCGCGCCCGCCCCGGCGGCGGGCCCCGAGGCGGCGAUGGCGCCAACUUCCGGCGCCUCCCCUUCAACUACUGCGCCGCCAGCCUGCAGCCGUUCAAGAACCCCGUGUGCACCCCCGACGGCACCGUCUUCGACGUCGAGGUCAUCAGCACCUGGCUGGAGAAGCACGCGACCAACCCCGUCAACGGCGAGCCCCUCGCGGCCAAGGACCUGAUCAGGCUCAACUUUGCCCGUAACGCCGACGCCGGGUCCGGGUCCGCGGCCACAGGGGAAGGAGGAGGAGGAGGAACGGGAGGCGAGGCGCCGCAGGGCGACCUGAUCGACCCGGUCAGCUUCAAGGUGUUCACGGACAACACGCACAUCGUCGCGAUCCGGCACGGCGCCUACGCCAACGUGUUCGCGUGGGACACGGUCGAGCGCAUGAACAUCAAGGCCAAGAUGUGGCGCGACCUGGUCGACGACGGCGAGUUCGGGCGCGCCGACAUCAUCACGCUGCAGGACCCGCGCGACGCCGCCGUCCGGGACCUCAGCCGCUUCCAGCACCUCAAGGAUGGCGGGGACGCGCUGCUCACGAAGCAGCAGGUGGAGGAGCGCCGGGCCGGGAACGUCAACGUCGGCGCCCUGGGGAGCAUGGGCGACAAGGUGCUGCGCGCCAGGGAGGCCGUGGAGCGGGCUCGGAGGGAGCGCGAGGCCGGCGGCGACGUCAACAGGUCGUCGUCCAAGGCGCUGGCGGCGAGGGGUGCGGCGGGCGGCGCGGCCCGCCCGUCCAUGAUCCAGGAGAAGAAGCUCGCCCACAACGCCGCCAUGUAUACGACUGGGAGGGCGGCCGCCAGCUUUACGAGCACCGGGUUGACGCCGGAGACGAGCGGCGAGAGGGCCCUGCUCUCGGAUGAGCAGUGGAUGCUCAAACCGAGGCGGGUGAAGGUCAAGGGGUACGCUAGGAUGGAGACGAAUCUCGGCGAUCUGAACAUCGAGCUACAGACGGAAACGGCACCCAAGGCCGUGUGGAAUUUCAUCAGGCUGGCGCAGAAGGGCUACUACAGGGGGGUGGCAUUCCACCGCAACAUCAAAAACUUCAUGAUACAGGGGGGCGACCCCACGGGUACCGGCCGGGGAGGUGACAGUAUAUGGGGGAAGAAUUUCCAGGACGAGUUCGAGGGCCCGUUGACUCACGACGCGAGAGGCGUCAUGAGCAUGGCCAACAAGGGCAAGAACACAAACUCCAGCCAGUUCUUCUUCACGUACAGGCCCGUCAGCCACCUCGACAGGAAACACACCAUAUUCGGAAAGAUCGUGGGUGGCAUGGACGUGCUGGCCAAGAUGGAGCAGGUGCCCACGGACGGGUCGGACAGGCCGCUGAACAAGAUCUUCAUCAAGGACGUCGUGGUGUUCCUGGACCCGUUCGAGGAGUUCCUCAAGGAGAAGAGCAAGCAGGACAAGGCCGCGGAGCAGGACGCCGAGACGCAGCGCAGGGGCGGCACCGACGACGACAAGACCACCUGGACCGGGAAGCGCAUUCGCACCGAUGGGACCAUCUCCGGCGACGGCGCUGCGAGCGGCGUCGGGAAGUACUUGAAGGCGACGAUAGCUGCUUCGCGAAGUCAGGGAGAAUCGGCCGGGGAUGAUUCCGCUUUGGACACGUGGGAAGAGCCAGCUAAGAAAAAGGCCAGGACUGGUGGAUUCGGCAAUUUUGAUAACUGGUAGAUACCUUGGGUGCUUGUGAUAUAGUGCUUGUGAUGUAGAUGUGGCAUUGCUCGGCGUUCUAUGGCUGGGGAAAAAGCGACCAUGGUGGUCUGUUAUUCAAGAUUGGGUGCAGUUGUAUACAUUAGUCUAAACGCCUUCCAUGAAUUGGACUUAUCGUCCAUAAAACCCCA